AUGUCUCUUCUUCAAGUCUUUCUCUUCGUGAGCCUGGCACUCGUCAACUUCACGGUCGCAAACCCACUUCCCAAGCUCACCACCCGCGCUCAGCCCGAGACUGCCGGUCCAUUACGCCGCGGUGUGCCUUACAACGAGGUCAAGUACGUCAAGUACUUCAACGCCUAUGGCAGCCAUGUCACUUGGACCUAUAAUUGGGAUUCACGGCCUAAUGGCAACACGAACACCUGGUACGAGUUCGUACCAAUGUUGCACUCCAAUCGCCCCGACCACACUGGCAAGUGGGCGGGUGAUGUUCGGGCAGCUGCUUUCGGAAACAAGGACAUGCCCACCCAUCUCCUCGGCUUCAACGAGCCUGACAAUUGCGAGUCUGGCAAGGGUGGUUCGUGCAUGGAGCUCGGUAUUGCUGUUGCGGCCUGGAAACAGUACAUGGAGCCUCAGAAGACUCUGAAGGAGAGAAUGUAUCUUGGCUCCCCCGCUGUUACCAACGGACCCAAUGGCCUCAGCUACCUAUCUUCUUUCAUCAAUGCUUGCACGGGUUGCAACAUUGACUUCGUCAACAUCCACUGGUAUGACGACGCAUCCAAUGCUGCCUACUUCAAGAAACACAUCGAGUCCACUCGCAAGAUCGCAGCCGGCCGUCCUAUUUGGAUCACGGAGUUCAAGUCCCGCGGCUCCGACGAGCAGAUCAAGGCUUUCCUGGACGAAGUUCUCCCAUGGCUCGACGCUUCUAGCGAUGUUCAUCGCUAUGCUUACUUCAUGGCAACUAAGGGUGAUGGCCUCUUGAUUGACAAUGGCGGUCAGAGUCUGAGCAACGUUGGCAGUCACUACGCCUUUCACGCCUAG